UGAGAGUUUCGCACAGAUCCAGCACUAUACUACAGGGCUACCGCUGUCAUGUUUUGCGACAUGAAAGUCCUCUCCAUUUUUCUAUAUUUGCUGUUAAUUCACAGAAUUGGAAGCGCUACAGGAGAUUGUCCAGCAGGUCAGAAGGUAAUCUACACCUCAGGAAAAUGUGAGAACUGUCCAAAGGGUCAAUACAGCCCUAAAAGUGGAAACAAUGUUCACUGUCACAACUGCAGCAAAUGCAAAAAAGGCAGUCGGGUAAUCGAUGAGUGUACACCUACCAGUGACACUCAAUGCAGAUGUAUGCAGGGUUUUACUCCUGUCGAUACACAAAAAGAAGAGGUUUGUGUCUGUAAAAAGGGUUCUGGAGUGAAUAAGAAAGGAAAUGUAUGCCAAACAUGUAGCCAAGGAUUCUUCACAGAUAAAGAUGACACGGCUUGUCAAAGAUGGAAAGAGUGUAAAAGUGGGGUUAAUAUCUCAGGCACCACUACUUCAGAUGUUGUCUGCAAUAACAUAAAGACAGAGGAGAAAAAAGCUCCUACAAUUUUAACUCCCUUGUUCUGGACAGCCAAACCCACUUCUGCAGCCACUUCAGGAACUACGACCACUUCAGUGACUAAGACCACUUCAGAAACUACAGCCUAUUCUCCUGGCGAAAAAGCAGACAGCUUCUACAUCUUCUGGCUGAUUAUAAUCUGUGCUACUACUACUCUUCUCCUGGCUGGAUUCUUGUAUGGCAAGAGAUUCACCCACUACGUUCAUAACCUCAAGAAAGCAAACUCUCGAAAAGAAAGCACAUGCAGAAAGCCUGUUGAAGAAUCUGGGGAAAAGUGCCUGUCUUUGCUUGUCUAACAGAUUAAUUGGCCCUAGUGUUUCUUUUUGGGGAAUAUUUUGCAUGCAUGAAAUAGUAGUUGUUAUAUAACUAGUGAAGCUGCUGUUCAACACCAUUUAAAACGUAAAACCAAUGUUUAAUUGUAAUUUUCUGAAACCUGCGUACACAUAAGGGGAUGUUUAGGAUCUCAUUUACACCUAAUUUUUAUGACAUGAAUUUAAACAUUCAUGUAAUUUAUCUACAUGCAAAGGUGGUUUGCACUUUGGAUCGCAUUACACUUGUAGUGUAAAUGCUCAUUCAUUUGAAUU